GUGACUGCCCCACUGCCACUGCCUCUUAAUUUGGUACUCUGUAACUCUGACUAAGAAGCUGUCUUCUUCUUUUUAUCCACCCCCCCAAAACUCUUUUUUGGAAAAUUCCCUACAAGAGCCGAUUUUUUUUUUUUUUUAAACAUUUACUUUAUAGAAAGCAACAGAAAGGCAGCAUGUCAGCUGAAACACCAGUCACACUGAAUAUUGAUCCUCAGGAUCUGCAGGUCCAAACAUUUACUGUAGAGAAGCUACUGGAGCCACUCAUAAUCCAGGUUACUACACUUGUAAAUUGUCCCCAGAAUCCUUCCAACAGGAGAAAAGGACGUUCAAAACGAGCCAGAGUCCUCCUAGCUUCUGUGGAGGAAGCAACUUGGAAUUUAUUAGACAAGGGGCAGAAGAUUGCUCAGGAAGCCACAGUUUUGAAGAAGGAGCUUACUACUGCACUUGAGGAAGUUCGCAAAGAAAGUGAAGCUCUGAAAGUAUCAGCUGAGAGAUUUGCAGAUGAUCCAUGUUAUCUCCCCAAAAGGGAGGCUGUGGUUCAAGCUGCCCGUGCCUUGUUGGCUGCAGUUACCAGACUCCUUAUCCUCGCAGACAUGAUAGAUGUCAUGAGUCUCUUGCAGCACGUGUCAGCUUUUCAAAGAACAUUUGAGUCUCUAAAAAAUGUUUCCAAUAAAUCUGACCUCCAGAAAACCUACCAGAAGCUUGGAAAGGAGCUGGAAAAUCUGGAUUAUUUAGCCUUCAAACGUCAGCAGGACUUAAAAUCUCCAAAUCAGAGGGAUGAAAUUGCAGGGGCCCGGGCCUCACUGAAGGAGAACUCCCCCCUCUUGCAUUCAAUUUGCUCAGCUUGUUUGGAACAUUCUGAUGUUGCUUCCCUCCAAGCCAGCAAGGACACAGUUUGUGAAGAAAUUCACAAUGCCCUCAAUGUAAUUUCAAAUGCUUCACAAGGCAUCCAGAAUACGCGUGCCCCACCAGAACCUAAGGCAGCAACACUAGGAAGUGCCCUUGAUGAGCUUGAGAAUUUAAUUGUCUUGGAUCCACUCACAGUGACUGAGGAAGAAAUUAGACCAUCUCUAGAGAAACGUCUUGAAGCCAUUAUCAGUGGGGCUGCACUAUUGGCUGACUCUUCAUGCACUAGAGAUUUCCAUCGGGAACGGAUUAUUGCAGAAUGCAAUGCCAUUCGCCAGGCUCUCCAGGACCUGCUUUCAGAGUACAUGAACAAUACUGGAAAAAAGGAAAGGAGUAAUACCCUGAAUAUUGCAAUAGACAACAUGUGUAAGAAGACAAGAGACCUUCGCAGACAGCUCCGUAAGGCUAUUAUAGAUCAUGUGUCAGACUCCUUUUUGGAUACAACAGUCCCGCUUUUGGUUCUCAUUGAAGCUGCCAAGAAUGGCCGAGAAAAGGAAAUAAAAGAAUAUGCUUCAAUAUUUCGUGAACACACCAACAGGCUUAUAGAGGUUGCAAAUCUUGCUUGCUCCAUGUCAACAAAUGAAGAUGGAAUUAAAAUUGUCAGAAUUGCAGCCAAUCACCUAGAAACCUUGUGUCCCCAGAUCAUUAAUGCUGCACUUGCUUUGGCGGCAAGACCCAAAAGUCAAGUGGUCAAAAAAACCAUGGAAAUGUAUAAGCACACGUGGGAGAAUCAUAUCCAUGUCCUCACCGAAGCUGUAGAUGACAUUACAAGCAUUGAUGACUUCCUUGCUGUAUCUGAGAGCCAUAUCCUUGAAGAUGUCAACAAGUGUAUCAUAGCAUUGAGAGACCAGGAUGUUGAUAAUUUAGACCGUGCUGCAGGUGCUAUCAGAGGACGGGCAGCAAGAGUUGCUCACAUUGUCACAGGUGAAAUGGACAGUUAUGAGCCAGGAGCUUACACUGAAGGUGUGAUGAGAAACGUUAACUUCCUGACAACUACUGCAAUACCUGAGUUUGUAACACAAGUGGAUGUUGCCUUAGAAGCCUUAAAUAAAAACUCUUUGGAUGUAUUUGAUGAUGAUCAAUUUGUGGACAUCUCAAAGAAGAUCUAUGAUACAAUUCAUGAUAUCAGAUGUUCGGUCAUGAUGAUUCGGACCCCAGAGGAACUGGAGGAUGUUUCUGACUUGGAAGAGGAACAUGAGGUGCGCAGUCACACCAGCGUUCAGACCGAAGGGAAAACUGACAGGGCUAAGAUGACUCAAUUGCCUGAGGCAGAAAAGGAAAAGAUUGCUGAGCAAGUUGCUGAUUUCAAGAAAGUAAAGAGUAAACUGGAUGCUGAGAUUGAGAUUUGGGAUGAUACCAGCAAUGAUAUCAUUGUUCUGGCCAAGAAGAUGUGUAUGAUUAUGAUGGAGAUGACAGACUUCACAAGGGGCAAAGGACCACUAAAGCAUACAACUGAUGUGAUCUAUGCAGCUAAAAUGAUAUCAGAAUCAGGAUCAAGGAUGGAUGUCCUUGCUCGGCAGAUCGCUAACCAGUGUCCAGAUCCAUCAUGCAAACAAGAUUUGUUGGCCUAUCUGGAACAGAUUAAGUUUUACUCUCACCAACUGAAAAUCUGCAGUCAAGUUAAAGCUGAGAUCCAGAAUCUGGGAGGAGAGCUCAUCAUGUCUGCUUUGGACAGCGUCACCUCCCUGAUCCAAGCAGCCAAAAAUUUAAUGAAUGCUGUGGUGCAAACAGUGAAAAUGUCUUACAUUGCCUCAACGAAGAUCAUCCGAAUUCAGAGUCCUGCUGGGCCCCGGCACCCAGUUGUGAUGUGGAGAAUGAAGGCUCCUGCAAAAAAGCCCUUGAUUAAAAGAGAGAAGCCAGAGGAGACUUGUGCAGCUGUCAGACGAGGCUCAGCAAAGAAAAAAAUCCACCCAGUGCAAGUCAUGAGUGAAUUUAGAGGACGGCAUGUCUACUAAACCCACAAUUCUACACUAGUGCCUAUAUUAUAAAGUCCUGGUGAAACACAGUGUUUUAAUUUUACACUUAAUUAAUUCUGUAAGUUCACUAACUUUUAGAAUUUAAUGCACAAUUAACAUGAAACAUUGGAGGCAACAUAUAUUUGGGAUCACGUCAUUGUCAUCUCUGUCUGGCCAGCACCUAGUAAGUACACAAUACAUGCUUGCUGAAUGAAUGAACAUUUUAGGUGUCAUCCAGCUUUUCCUGUCACAGGCAGCAUCUUACAUUUGCUACCAAAUGAACACUGGAGACUCAAAUGAGUCCUAGUCUUCUGUAAAAGCUUAAGUACACUCACCUUAUCAUUUUGAAUUAAAACAUUGACAUGA